AUGUCAAACCAAACGUGUACCGAAACUGAACCGAUUCCAAGCGUAGACCGACACGGCCAUCUCAUCUGUGAGCCGGGUGCAACCAUAACCGAUAGAUAUCGAAUUGUGAGAAAACUGGGCAAAGGCUCCUUCAGCCGGGUGGUGGAAGUCACGGACACCAAAACGGAGUCAACAGUUGCAUUGAAAGUGAGCAGAAAUAAGUCAAGUUGCAGGAAGGCGGCAAAGAGAGAAAUCAUGUUUUUGGGUUAUAUUGCACGAUGCGAUCCGGACGACACCAGCCUAUGUGCCAAAAUGCGAGAUGCAUUUUUAUGGCACGGACACUACUGCAUUACAUUCGACAUACUUGGAUCCGAUGUCUACCAUUUCCUCGAACUCAACGAAUUCGUACCGUUCCCGAUGGAUCAAGUGCGGCACAUGGCCUACCAGCUGUGCCAUGCAGUGAACUUUUUACAUCAACAAGGGAUCAUACACACCGACCUGAAGACGGACAAUAUUCUGUUUGUGGAUUCGAGCUACACGAAGGAGUAUCAUCCGGAGAAGAAAAUGAAUAUUCGGUCGGUUAACCGAACGGACAUUCGUUUAAUCGAUUUGGGCUGUGCUGAAGAUGACGAAUUACCUCAGUCAUACACCAUCAGUAAUCGGUGUUAUCGUGCACCUGAAGUCGUGCUGAAAAAUAAUUGGAGCCAUCCAGUCGAUGUGUGGUCGAUCGGUUGCAUUCUUUACGAAUUACACACCGGAAACCUGCUAUUCAAUACAGACGAUGACGAUUUGGAACAUUUGGCGAUAAUGGAAAGAAUUCUGGGUGAAUUUCCUGUAGCCGGCGAGCAUAAGUACUUUCCGAAUGGUAAGUUAAACUUCGAUUGGACUCAGCGACCGUUAGAGGUACAUUGUCAUCAACCGCUGCGGACUUCAAUAAAGGCGGAAAUCGAUGACGACUUAAUCGACUUGAUGGAGAAAAUGUUGGCUUACGAACCGGCGAAGAGAAUUACAUUGAAGGAGGCAUUGACGCAUCCAUUCUUUGACAAAUUGCCAGCGUCUCAACGACUAACGGUUUAAUCAAAUUUUUGUAAAACAAUAUUUCUGUCUUGAAUGUAUAA